AUGGGGGAGAAAAAGGAGAUCUGCAGGGAUUAUCGGCUUACAUGUCUGAAGGACAAACCAGAGGAGUUAAUGGAGUUUAGCACUGGGUAUGAAGCAGAGGGAAUGGCUGAGAAUAAGACAUGUCUGAAGGACAAACCAGAGGAGUUAAUGGAGUUUAGCACUGGGUAUGAAGCAGAGGGAAUGGCUGAGAAUAAGUUUGCCUUCUGGAUGUUGGGAAAGCAGUUGUUAAAUGUGAUGUGCUGCGAGGUCCUCGUGGAGCAGGGUGUGGGAGGAAAGCGCCAGGGCCAGGCUCUGCCCGCUGUUGGGCGGGUGCAGACUUGGAGACUGGAUCAACACCCGCAGAACUCAGGUUCUUUUCGAAAUGAUGGCUUAAAAGCUGCUGAUGUCCUUCCUAUACUAAAGGAGAAAGUGGCCUUCGUGUCAGGUGGCCGUGAUAAACGAGGUGGUCCUGUCUUGACCUUCCCAGCCCGCAGCAAUCACGACAGAAUAAGGCAGGAAGACCUUCGGAAACUUGUGACUUAUUUGGCCAGCGUGCCAAGCGAAGAUGUUUGUAAACGGGGAUUCACUGUUAUCAUCGAUAUGCGGGGAUCCAAAUGGGAUUUGAUCAAGCCACUCCUUUUUGACCCAUUUCCUGCUGAGAUUCAUGUUGCCCUGAUUAUAAAACCUGAUAAUUUCUGGCAGAAGCAGAAAACGAACUUCGGCAGUUCUAAGUUCAUCUUUGAGACAAGUAUGGUAUCUGUUGAAGGACUGGCAAAACUUGUAGAUCCUUCUCAACUGACGGAUGAGUUUGAAGGAUCCUUGGAUUACAACCAUGAUGAAUGGAUAGAGUUGCGCGUCUCCUUGGAAGAGUUUUUCAACAGUGCUAUCCAUUUAUUAUCAAGGCUGGAGGAUCUCCAGGAAAUGUUGGCCAGGAAGGAGUUUCCAGUUGAUGUCGAGGGCUCAAGAAGGCUGAUUGAUGAGCACACGCAGCUGAAGAAAAAAGUGAUUAAAGCUCCUGUGGAAGAACUGGAUCGCGAGGGUCAGAGGUUAUUACAAUGCAUAAGAUGCAGUGAUGGCUUUUCUGGCAGGAACUGCAUUCCUGGAAGUGCAGAUUUUCAAAGUCUUGUGCCAAAGAUCACCAGCCUUUUAGACAAGCUGCAUUCUACCCGGCAACACUUGCAUCAGAUGUGGCACGUCCGCAAGUUGAAAUUGGACCAGUGCUUUCAACUCCGGCUUUUUGAGCAGGAUGCUGAGAAGAUGUUUGACUGGAUCAGCCACAACAAGGAAUUGUUCCUGCAGAGUCACACGGAGAUCGGCGUGAGCUACCAACAUGCCCUUGACCUACAGACACAGCACAACCACUUUGCCAUGAAUUCCAUGAAUGCCUAUGUCAACAUCAAUCGGAUCAUGUCUGUUGCAUCAAGGCUUUCCGAGGCAGGCCAUUAUGCUUCCCAGCAAAUUAAACAAAUAUCUAGCCAGCUGGAUCAAGAGUGGAAGAGUUUUGCGGCGGCUCUGGAUGAGCGCAGCACCAUCUUAGCCAUGUCUGCUGUCUUUCACCAGAAAGCUGAACAGUUCCUUUCAGGUGUGGAUGCCUGGUGCAAAAUGUGCAGUGAAGGAGGCCUCCCCUCAGAAAUGCAAGACCUGGAAUUGGCUAUCCAUCAUCAUCAGACCCUGUAUGAACAAGUAACACAGGCCUACACAGAGGUGAGCCAGGAUGGAAAAGCCUUGCUGGAUGUCCUACAGCGUCCCUUGAGCCCUGGGAAUUCUGAAUCCCUCACUGCUACUGCAAACUACUCCAAGGCUGUUCACCAGGUGUUGGACGUGGUACAUGAAGUCCUGCAUCACCAGCGGCGCCUAGAGAGCAUCUGGCAACACAGGAAAGUCCGGCUACAUCAAAGGCUGCAGCUCUGCGUUUUCCAGCAGGAUGUUCAACAGGUACUAGACUGGAUUGAAAAUCACGGGGAAGCCUUUCUGAGUAAACAUACAGGAGUGGGGAAGUCGCUACACAGAGCACGUGCGCUGCAGAAAAGACAUGAUGAUUUUGAAGAGGUAGCACAGGGCUUUUAUCCUGAAAACCAGUGUGCCUUCUUAUUGGAAAACGUACCUGGCUUGCAUUUCCAAAAUCUCCCAACGCUUCAGUGCUAUCAAGUUGAACUGCACGUAUUGGAAACCUUCCUCCUGUUCUCUGUGUAUGCAGAGAGAGGGCACAGGUCGUUCUCCUUCCUUCUGGCGUUCCCAGCAAUCGACUUCCUCCUGCCCACGGAGAGCAUCACCGCACUUGUGCCGGUGCAGAAUUGGGAUACUGUGGAAACAGCUCGGCUAAUCCCUCUCGCUGUGAUGAAGGGUUUUGUGAUUUGA